CUACAGUCUUUGGUGAUUGGGGCUUGAGCCGUAACUUUUCUGGUUCUCUGCAGGCCUUCGGACCGAGAUUCGAACUCUCGAUCCCUGCAUUGCAAGAAGAACAAAGAGAUUAAGGUCGGACCCGGACACUCGCUCCCUACAGAGAGAGAGAGAGAGAGAGAGUAGAAGCAUAAGCAAAAGACGGCCUCUGGGUUUGUUGGACGAAGGAACAAAGAUGGGUGGCUGUGCUUCUCUCUUCUCUCUUGUUCUUCUCUUUGCAUUUGCUAGUCCACAACUGGUUUUUGGGAAUGUGGAGCUGGGAGUGCUUAUGGAGAUGAAAGCUUCUCUAGACCCUGAAAACAGGUUCCUUUCCUCUUGGAAUAGUGAAGGUGAUCCAUGCAGUGGCUCUUUUGAAGGUAUCGCUUGUAACGAUCAUGGCAAAGUAGCUAACAUUUCGUUGCAGGGGAAGGGUCUCUAUGGACGGGUUCCUCCGGCAGUCGCUGGCUUAAAGUCCUUGUCUGGUCUCUAUCUGCACUACAACUCUUUGUCUGGAGAGAUCCCCAAGGAAAUUUCCUUUCUUACUGAGCUGUAUGACCUGUAUCUCAAUGACAAUAAUCUCUCCGGUAGCAUUCCGCCUGAAAUAGGAGACAUGGCUAGUCUACAAGUUCUACAACUUUGUAGUAACCAGCUGACGGGAAGCAUACCAGCACAGUUGGGUUCUCUGAAGAAGCUUAGCAUUCUCUCUCUGCAAUCUAAUCGAUUAUCCGGAGCUAUUCCUGUAAACUUAGGAGAGUUGCAGAAUCUGACGAGGUUGGAUUUGAGCUUUAAUCGAUUAUCUGGUUUAAUUCCAGCAAAACUAGCUGAUGUUCCUCAACUGCAAGUUCUAGACGUCCGUAAUAAUACUCUCUGGGGCAAUGUCCCACCUGCUCUGAAGAAAUUGAACGGAGGAUUCCAGUACGGUAACAACUCGGAUUUAUGUGGAGUUGCGUUUCCUUCUUUGAGAACUUGCACUGCUACGGAUCAGCUGAACUCUGAAAGAUCCGAACCUCUUGGUGCUGGCCCAAAUGGUACUUCUACCAAAGACAUCCCGGAGUCUGCAAAUUUCCAGAUGCAUUGCAACCAGACCAAUUGCUCAAAUCCAUCAAAACCCUCUCGAGUUGCAGUCGCCGUUGGAGUUAUUGUAAUUACUGUUGCAUUGAUUGUUACGGGGCUGCUGACAUUCUCAUGGUACCGGCGCCGGAAACAGAAGAUCGGAAGUGCUUUUGAUACUUCAGACAGUCGUCUUAGCACUGACCAGGCCAAAGACGUUUACAGGAAGAGUGUCUCUCCGCUCAUCAGCCUCGAGUACUCCAACGGGUGGGAUCCGUUGGCUGAUGGGCACAACGUGAGUGGAUUCUCACAGGAGGUUCUUCAGAGUUUCAGGUUUAAUCUGGAAGAGGUGGAGUCAGCUACUCAGCAUUUCUCAGAGGUGAAUCUGUUGGGAAAGAGCAACUUCUCAGCUAUCUAUAAGGGAAUAUUAAGAGAUGGGUCUGUUGUUGCUAUCAAGAGCAUCAAUAAAACUAGCUGUAAGACCGAGGAGGGUGAUUUCUUAAAGGGUUUGAACAUAUUGACCUCAUUGAGACAUGAAAACCUUGUUGGGUUAAGAGGUUUUUGCUGUUCCAGAGACAGGGGUGAGUGUUUCCUCAUCUACGAAUUUGUCCCGAAUGGGAACUUGUUGCAGUAUCUUGAUCUGAAGGAUGGUAACGACCGGGUUCUUGCAUGGUCCACCAGGGUUUCUAUCAUCCAUGGCAUUGCCAAAGGUAUCGAGUACCUACACAGCAACAAACCUACCAAACCUGCUCUUGUUCACCAAAACAUAUCAGCGGAUAAGGUGCUCAUUGACCAGGGAUUCAAGCCAUUGCUCUCGGACUCUGGCCUGCACAAGCUCCUGGCUGAUGAUAUUGUGUUCUCAGUACUCAAAGCCUGUGCAGCAAUGGGGUACCUAGCCCCAGAGUACACCACAACUGGCCGAUUCACAGAGAAAAGUGACGUUUACGCAUUUGGGGUAAUCGUGCUUCAGAUCCUGUCUGGAAGACGAAUGAUCAGCCAAUCAAUGCGAGCUGGAGCUGAAUCAUGCAGGUUUGAAGAAUUCAUGGACAAGAAUCUUAAUGGGAAGUUCUCAGAAGCUGAGGCAGCAAAAAUCACAAGAAUAGCAUUGGACUGUACCCAUGAGUCACCUAACUAUAGACCCAAUAUGGAAAUGGUGAUUCAAGAACUGAGCAAAUGAGGUAGCAGUUACUGAUGUCCAUGGUUCUGAUGAUGUUAUCUGGGUCAUGGUGCACAGAUGGGGGGCCGACAUUCACUAACUCAAUGAUGCUGAACCUUCUGCUCUUAAUUCGUCUGUACGGUGGCCUAUAUCGAGGGUAUGGAGGGUUCUCUAUGUUUAAAUGUGUUUUUGUUUCCCAGUCCUCGCAGCUUGGAAGCUUUCUGUGUUUGCAUUAAUUGAUUGAUCUUAAGCUCGGUAACGUGUAUUGAAGUUGGGUAUCCCCGAUUACUAAUGCUAAUGAAGAAAUCAGCUUUUUUAAACUGAUUUCAUUUUCCUUCA